AUGAAGGCCGUCGUCCUCAAGCGCGCCGGCGUCGUCGCCGCCGAGGAAGUGCCGAUCCCACGCCUCAAGGCUGACACGGACGUGCUGAUCAAGGUACACGUUGCGGGCCUGUGUGGCUCCGACCUGCACUACUACCGCGGUGACGCCGACGACGGGUCGUUUGUCAUGGGUCACGAGGUAGUCGGGACGAUCGUCGAGGCCGGUUCAGAGGUAAAGCAGUUCCAGGUCGGCGAUCACGUCAUCUCUCCAUUCUCCGUGUCAUGUGGGAGCUGCUUCUACUGCGACAAGGGGUACACGUCGAGGUGUACGUCCAACUUUUGCCUCACGGGCGGACAGGCAGAGUUCUUUCGCCUCCCUUUGGCAGACAGCAUGCUGUUCCCAUUCCCCGAGGAGCUGCCAGAGGACGUUGCGUUGCUCAUGACGGACAUUCUGCCGACAGGGUACUCAUGCGCGUACAAUGCAAGGCGACUGCUGGACGAGGACGCGGAUGCGCCAUGGUCGCUCGCAGACCUCAAGGCCGGCCGGGUCGAGCGCAAGGGGGUAGCUAUCGUGAUCGGCUGUGGGCCUGUUGGGCUGUGCGCCAUCUCGAGCGCCACGACGCUAUUCGAGACGGUAUUCGCGACCGACCUGAACGCGUCGCGCCUUGCAGUGGCGGAGAAGCAUGGUGCGAUUGCGCUGUCGGCUUCAGAGCUCAAGGAUGCCGUGCUGGCCGCGACGGAUGGGCGGGGCGCCGACGCAGUCCUCGAAGUCGUGGGGCACGGAUCUGCACUCAACGCUGCGUUCGAGUACGUGCGGCCAUACGGUGCAGUUUCGAGCGUUGGCGUGCACAACCUCAAGUUUGAGAUUGACGGGGACACGCUUUACUCGAAGAACGUUCGGAUGCAGUUUGGGCGCUGCUCGGUGCGCACGUUCUUUCCGCUCGCACUCGACGUGCUCAAGAACAAUCUCGAGCUGUUCAAGAGCUUUGUCGAACACAAGGUCGGCAUCGAAGAGGCAGAGGAGUACUACAAGCUCUUCAACGAGGGCAAGAUCAACAAGACCGUGUUUGUCAUGGACUAG